AUUUCUAAUUGAAAGCCACUUGGAAAUGAAAAUCCAGUUUUCUCCAAGGAAGAUUCACUGGGGAAUCAAACCAUUCUUAAAGGACCUCAGGCAUGGAUGCUCAGUCCCUCCACACAUCUAUGCAGGUGCAGGCCCAGCCUUUUUCCAUUAUCCAAAGUCAACUACAAUCUAACCAGUCAGGUGGACCUACUGUGUGAUCCUCAUGAAUAUCAACACCACCUCCUAUGGAGUGCCACCUGGAUUGGAAUAUUUACUUGAGAUAGAUCAUAUUCUGAUUCAUCAGCAGUUUGACUUUGUGGAAGGCAUUUUUGAUAUUGAAACUGCUAACAAAUACAAAAUCAGGGACAAGCUCGGGCAUAAGGUUUACUAUGCUGUAGAAGACUCUAAUUUCUUAACACGCUGUUGCUGUGGGGACGCUAGAGCUUUCUCCAUGAGGAUCCUUAAUAACUCAGGUCAUGAAGUCAUAACUCUACAACGACCACUAAGAUGCCGUUCUUGUUUCUUCCCAUGCUGCCUCCAGAAGAUAGAAGUCCAAGCUCCUCCUGGUGUGCCAAUCGGUUAUGUUAUUCAAACCUGGCACCCAUGUUGGCCAACGUUUACAGUUCAAAAUGAGGAGGAACGGGACGUUCUAAAAAUUAUUGGUCCAUGCAUCAUGUGCAACAUUGGAGGAAGUAUAGACUUUGAGAUCAGAUCUCUUGAUGAAGACUUCGUGAUUGGCAGGAUUUCCAAGCACUGGUCUGGUUUUCUGAAGGAAAUACUGACAGAUGUAGACAGUUUUGGGAUCCAGUUCCCUUUAGACCUCGAUGUAAAGAUGAAGGCAGUGAUGCUUGGUGCUUGUUUCCUCAUAGUAAGUCUGUUCAUUGUGAUUCUGAUUUUGGAUCGAGUCUCCAGAAACCCUGGAAACAACUUGGAAAACUGUACACUUAAAGAUCUCCUCCUUAGUGAGGCAGAUGGGGACUGA